AUGUCUUCCUUUGAACCUGUUGUUGUUAUCGACGCCAAGGGCCACCUUUUGGGUCGUUUGGCUUCCAUUGUGGCCAAGCAAAUCUUGAACGGCCAAAAGAUCGUCGUUGUUGGUUGCCAAAACAUGAACAUCUCUGGUUCUCAAUUCAGAAACCAACUUACCUUCCACGCUUACUUGCGUAAGGGUACCAGAUUCAACAAGACCCACGGUCCCUUCCACUUCAGAGCUCCCUCGAGAAUCUUCUACAAGGCUGUCAGAGGUAUGGUUCCCCACAAGACUGCCAGAGGUAAGGCUGCCUUGGAAAGACUUAAGGUGUUCGAAGGUAUCCCCGCUCCUUACGACAAGAAGAAGAGAGUUGUUGUUCCCCAAGCUCUCAGAGUCUUGAGAUUGAAGCCCGGUAGAAAGUACACCACUCUCGGCAAGUUGGCCACCAACGUCGGCUGGAAGUACGAAUCGGUUGUUGAAAAGUUGGAAGAAAAGAGAAAGCUCAGAUCGGCCGAAUACUACGCCAAGAAGGCUGCUUUGGCCAAGAAGGUUGCUGCCGCUCAACAAUCUCAACAAGAAUCGGAAGUGUCGCAAAAGUUGGCUGCUUUCGGUUACUAA